UUGACAGGUUGAGAAAAUAGUUUGCGGUUGUGCUCAGGAAGCCUCACAGCAUAGAAAGAAAUAAGUCUGCAUUUCCUGAACUUCCUUGAACCCCUGAAGGCCAUCAGAAAUAGCAGUUACUAUAAGAGGAGAUGUGCAGAAUUCCUUACUCAGCACACUUCUACUGACCUUGCUAAAGAGUGGACCACACAUUUAGAACAAAAAAGAGAAAGUACAAGUUUGGUGGAAGACUCUUUGUGAUUGGUGGGACAGUUUGUGCUCCUGUAGCAACAGAGGUCUACGGACAUCAACAUCAACCCUAAGAAUAGUGCUAGAAGACUACACCUUCUGAAGAAAUGUGGAUAUGGUCUACGGUGAGUCGUCAUGGUAAUUGCAACUAUUAUUGUACAAACACUCUAAACGCUUGUUUAGUUUCAUGUAAUUUUGUUUUGCAUUGUUUUAAUGGGACGAGAUGUGAGUGAUGUGUCUUGGAACGUUGUGCAUUUUAAUAAGACCAAUCAUUUUUACCUGAUGCAUUUUUACCUGAGCAGUUCAAUGAGAUGUGCCCAUAGUAGACAUAAAAAGCUAAUUGUGACCAAUAUGAUAAGUAAAAAGAUUCUAUCCGCAAGAAAAUUCCAAUUAUCAUUAUCAAUGCUUGUUUAGGAUGUCUUUGGUGCUCUUUUAUGCAUUGUUUAUCUAUGUGAUUAUGCUAUGCAUAGCUACAUUUUACCGCCAGAAUAUUGUUCUGCUUUUUGCACAGAAUGCUUAUGCUUUUCUUCUUAUUCUGUCUAAGGAACUUCUAUUCCUCUCUACAGGAAUAACUCAUUCAUGAUGAGCAGCAUGUCAGCUGAACUCUGAUUCCACAGCCAGCAUUCCACAGUUACCCUAAACAUGACUGGAAAAAGACUGUUUACUGUCCUAUAUCACCAUCUUCCUUACUUUGUUGGUUCUGCUGUUCAUUCAAAUUAGCUAAUUAGCAACCUAGAGUAAUAUAUUAACACACAGUAAAGAAGAAGCUCUGAUUACUGUAAUUCUUUCCAAAAUGACAGAGAACCUCUAUGACAGUAAUGGAGCCUAUUCAUUUCAGAACAGUCUAUCAGCAUCGCCUGCUUAUGGUUUCCCUACUGCAAGCUCAUUACAAACUUGUCCAUUGUCUCCACAUGUUAACCAAAAGCAUACAUUAUCACCCGCCACGCCACAGAAUGAGCCUUCUCUACUAUUUGACAUACAACACAGUGGAGGAUGCUGGGAUUAUAAUCCACUGGAGAAGUCUGCAUCUAGUUUGUGGGGCUCCUCAUCUAAAGAUGAAGUGACAGAGGCAAUGGGUUCCCAUUUUGUCUACCCCUUCAGUGUCAUCCCUCACAGCAAUGCUGGACUGGCUAGCAAGUUUAAUGCCAGUGCUCUGCAAAGGCUAGAUUCCUUUUCCAAAGCCUUUUCCAUGAAAAUCCCAAACAUGGCUUUUGUCAACAGUGUAGGUGAAAAAAGCUUGGAGGACACUCAAGUACCAGAGAUUUUGCUCUCACCUCAAAGUGCAACACCCUCGGAUGGGUCAGAUCGAGAGCCAUUUAGUCCAGUAGCCAUGCAGAGUCAGCAAGGCCAUAACAAACAAUCAUAUCCUCCAAUAAACAGCCAACAUAUGACUGACAACCUCUACCAAAACCAUCAGCAAUAUCAUUAUGGAUAUCAGCAGAACAAACAACAGCUCAGGGAAAGCCAACCAGAGCAGGUAUACAAGUUACCCCCUUACAAGUCCCAGAACCUGUAUCCUUUCCAGCACCAAGGGAUGCAAACCAGCCAAAAUCAGCUCACAAAUUAUUCAUUAACCCCACAAAAGCAAGAGCAGAGAGGGCACUACAUUCAGCAAUCUCCACUCGAAGGCCCACAGUCUGCAGGAUCACCAACCUUUGGCUACCCCGAGGACUAUAAAGCACCUGAACAACCAGCUUUCCAAAUUGGUCAAGGAUUGCCACUGCAGUCUCCUCACUUCAAGGAACCACAGCACUUUCAUCCAUUCCCCAACCAGAGUGAAAUGUACCAGCACCAGCAACAUCACGAGCAAGCACACCCAGCACACUUACUGUCUUUCAAGCAAAAUGCCUCUUUUGGAGACAACCCCCUGGCAUCACUCAACACCAUGCCUGGAUUUCCUGGUCUGAAAGAGGAGGCCUGUAUGGAUUUACAUCAUCCUGAAAAAAGGAAGGGUCUCUGCAGCUCCCAUUAUCAAAGCGCUGGGUCAGGGGUCAAUCAGACAGCAGCUCAGUCAGCAGCUCUGAGGGGAGGAGUGCUUCAUCACAUCAAUUCCUACAGACAGCAGUGGACACAGAUUCACUCACCUGAUAUUCCAGAUGACCAGAUUUCAACUGUCUACAGGAAGGAAAUGGGGAUGGUGAGGGACAAAGGGUCCAGUACCAAGCUGAAGUGCAUCGUCUGUCAAAGAGAGUUUAAAAGUUUGCCAGCCCUUAAUGGCCACAUGCGUUCCCAUGGGGGAUUCAGGACACAUCCAACAGCCUUCAAAACUAGUGAUGGCCAAAUUCAGCUUGACCCCAUGGUGUUACCUGUAUCUGUUCCUGUAAAGGAUUACCAAACUCCCUCCAAGCUGCCAAAUUCCCUUCAUCACCCAAGACAAAGAGAUCUUAUUGACACAGUUAAGGCUUGUUCACCGCAACCAGGCCCUACACCAAAGAAUUCACAGUCAUUAUGUGUGAACAGUACUGCAGGUGUGGGAGAAAAUACGGAAAAGCAAGUGAAAAAAAGGUACCGCCACUACCUGGUGCCUCUUGUAAUUUCCCCACAUAAGGCUGGCCUGGAGUCCAGAGGACCAGUGCUUUUUAAAAGCCAACUGCGUUCUCCAGGAAGCUGUGGAGAUAAUGUUCCCUACACUCCUCCACCCAUGCUCAGCCCUGUCCGUCCAGGCUCCGGUCUCUUCAGCAGUUUUCAUGCAGGGUCUCACUGCACUGGAACACAGAACGUCCAACGAGUUCAUCUCUGCAAGGACAGUGAUGUGGAUAACAGUAUUACCACGCUGGAUGCAGAAGACAAAUCAAGCAGCAUGAAACCGCGGAUCAAUAUUGGUCUAGAUUUUCAAGCAGAGCUCCCAGAUAUUCAGAGCCACUCUAAAGUAGCAGAUGAUGUCCAUAAAGCUACUUUACUCUGGACACCAUACCACCUGGAUAACCCAGACAACCAGCAAAGAGUGGACGAUCUUCUGAAAAUGGCCUGCUCCAGUGCGCUGCCAGGAGGAGGGACUAACACAGAAUAUGCCCUCCAUUGUUUCUUCGAGUGUAGAGGAGAUGUUAUGAUAACGCUUGAGAAACUUCUCUCCAUGAAGCCUUUGAAAUGCACAUCCACCCUUCAAACAAACUACCACUAUGCAGGAUCAGAUAAAUGGACCCUGCAAGAGAAGAGGCAACUAAACAAGGGCCUGGUCCUUUACAACAAGGAUUUUCACUUCAUUCAAAAAAUGGUAAAGACAAAGUCAGUUUCUCAGUGUGUUGAAUACUACUGCACAUGGAAGGAGAGACUCCGACUGGGCAAGAAACUCAGCUCAGGCCCUGCAACACCAGGUCCAGAGAAAGAGGGUGAAUUAAAGAGAAGCAAUACAAAACUACUGAACCAUGUCGCCAAGAACCAGACCAAAGGCCUGGAGUUCUCUGACCUUUCUGACAAAUCCUGUGCUGCGGUUGUCUGUGAUUUACCAAGCAGUGGGCCUAUGUUCACUGAAGAUGACUGGAACCAGAUCAGUCUUAGUGGACUGAAUACUCCACUGGCUGAAUACUCCAGACCAAAAUCAGCUCAGCAGUUAGUUAGCGGUUCUGUGAAAAGCUCUCCAUCAAACAGUACCACCAGUGGAGAAACUGACUCAACUCUCAUUUUCCCCUGCACUGAAUGUGGAAAAGUGUUUUUUAAGGUCAAGAGUCGCAAUGCCCACAUGAAGACCCACAGACAGCAAGACGAUCCACAGUUCUGGCAGCUUCAUGCAUUUCCUGAACAGGAAAACCAGACUGUCACACCUGUCAACCCUUCUGUUACACCACUUCAGCUACCCACAACUCCUCAGUCUUUACCCUGCAGCAGAGGAGAAGAUGAGAAAACUCUGACCAAUAAUGAUGCAGAAACGCAACAACAAGCACAGUGCAUCUUGAAGAGGCAGAAUUUUAAAAAGUGAUUUCACAAACAUUGCUGAACUUGCUAGAACUGGGUGGUGCUUGAUUAUUUAAAAAAAUGUAAUGUUUUUUUUUAAUUAGGCAAUGUGGAAUGAAACGAUAUGCAAUAAAAACGUGAAAGGCUGUAAACGAUGAACUGUACAAAUGAUGUAGAACGAUCUGAUGCCAUGAAAUACAGCUAAUGACAAAAUGUUGCACUUGCUUUGUUUUAAUCAUUACAAUGCCAUUGUAAAGUUAUGUUUUAUUAAACUGUUAAAAGUAACUCAAAGUGGUAAAUAUUAGGACAAUGAAAUACACUAUAUGCCCUGUGAAAUUGAAUCGCCUUACAUAUUCAAUUAAAAUAUUACUACAGACAUUGGGAUG